CCGAUCAUUGUAUACAGAGUCUGUGCGCUGUGUUGCUAAGUUUUUGACUGAACACAGUCAGCCCUGUGAGUGAGUGAGUGAGUGAGGGAGUGAGUGGGAGUGGGAGUGGGAGUGCCUCAGUGGGUCGAACGUUGGUUGGUUGGUUGGUUGCUACGCACGGUGUCUGGGGGGUGGAUAAAUCCGGCGGUUCAAGAUGGGCAAAGCCGAGGCGGGCACGCCCAAAUGGCUGGCCAACAAGAUGAAGAGCAAGGGUCUGCAGAAAUUGCGUUGGUUCUGUCAAAUGUGCAACAAGCAGUGUCGAGACGAGAACGGCUUCAAGUGCCACACCCAGAGCGAAGCCCAUCAGCGCCAGCUCCUUUUGUUCGCGGAUAACCCCAACAAGUUCCUCUCCAAUUACUCGGUGGAGUUCGAGAAGGACUUCCUGUACUUGCUCAAGCGCUGCCAUGGCACCAAGCGUGUCAAGGCCAACAAAGUCUAUCAGUCCUACAUUGCCGAGAAAGACCACAUUCACAUGAACGCCACCCGAUGGGAGACCUUGACCGGAUUCGUCCAGUACUUGGGGCGGACCGGCAAAUGCCUCGUGGAUCAGACGGAGGAAGGCUGGUUUAUCACGUGGAUUGACCGUGACCCCGAGACCAUCGCCCGACAAGAAACUCGUCAACGGGCGGCUCGGAAGAAGCUUAGCAGCCUACACGAUGAGAAAAAGCGCAAAAAAUCUGCACUCGAGGAAAUCAAAGAGGAGGAAGAAAGGCAAAAGAAGAGCAAGAGAGUGGGUCACAAAAGCACCAAAACCACCACCGAACCCAAAUCUAUAAAAAAUUAUUGGCUCAAGCCCAAUAUAGUAGUCAAGAUCGUGACUCGUUCUUUGGGCGAGCAAUACUACAAGCAAAAAGGUUACGUCCACGAAGUAGUGGAUAAGUAUGCGGCCGUAGUGAUUUUAUUUCAACUUGAUAAGAAACUGAAACUCGAUCAGGCUCAUCUCGAGACCGUAAUUCCCGCUGAAGGACAGCCCGUUCUGAUUUUGAAUGGCCAAUUUCGAGGAGAAACAGCCAUUCUUCAGCGCGUCGACGUGGAUUCGUACUCGGCCUACCUUCAGUUGAAUGCGAGCGCCCAAACUGUCAAAUUGCCGUAUGAACACUUCAGUAAAUUGUGUCCUGCCUCGAACAAAAGCUAAAAUGUGAUCCAUCUCCUUGUAGCAUGAUUCGACGCGCUUUUCCAUUCUUGUAAGGUGAACUCUUCACAUUCUUUGUUCUAGA